CAGCGGCGGCGGCGCCAUGAGGCCCGGGCAGGGGCACCGAGAUGUGCAGAGGAGUGAAUGCCCCAUGUUGUGUUAGUGCCUGUCUGCCAUGCUGGCCUGUCUGCCAGGACCAGGUGACCUCUCCUUUCAGCUUCUUUCUUACACGCAGAUGAACACUGGACUUCAGAAAUGGGACACUACACAGAAAAUGAGAUCUGCACAGUAUCCUACCCCAGCAGAAUUGGAUGCUUAUGCUAAGAAGGUCGCCAACAACCCACUGACUAUAAAAAUCUUUCCAAACAGUGUCAAGGUUCCCCAGAGGAAACACAUACGCCGUACUGUGAACGGACUUGAUACUUCAGGCCAGAGGUACAGUCCUUACCCAUCUCAGGCCACCACCAAAACAGGCCUCCUGGCGAUAGUCAAAUCUCCAGCAAAAGGAAUUAUCAAAGACUUUGACGGGACACGCACGCGUCUGCUGCCGGAAGCGAUGAUGAAUCCCCCUUCCACCCCUUACGUUGCACCUAGCACUUUAACCCACCCCCAGGCGCUUGCUCGCCAGCAGGCUCUCCAGCAUGCACAGACUUUGCAGCACCCCCAGAGUAUCCCGCAGCCACAGACUUUGCAGCACCCUCAGGGUAUACCCCAGCCACAAAGCUUACCGCACCCUCAGGGGAUCCCUCAGAACAUGCAGCAGCCUCAGGGCUUGCAGCAUCCUCAGACCAUGGCACACCAGACUCUGCAGCACCCCCCAAAUCCUUUGCUGCAGCCGGGUUUACAUGGAAGCAGAAAGAUGCCGGAUGCAGACGCGCCGCCGAAUGUGACCGUGUCUACCUCAACCAUUCCCCUCUCUAUGGCUGCCACUCUGCAGCAGAACCAGCCACCGGACCUGAGCAGCAUUGUGCACCAGAUUAACCAGUUCUGCCAGGCCAGAGCUGGCAUUAGCACUACCUCAGUGUGUGAGGGACAGAUUGCAAACCCCAGCCCUAUAAGUCGCAACCUGCUUAUCAAUGCAAGUACCAGGGUAUCUACUCACAAUGUCCCUACACCCAUGCCUUCCUGUGUAGUUAACCCUGUAGAUCAUGCUGCUGCUGCUAUUCCUCCUGCCUCUGUUAAUGUGCCCAUGGUGAAUAUUAACAGGGUGCCGCCUGCGUACCAGAACGAAAUCAAAUCGGUUGCGUGGAACCAGCACCAGCUUGCACAUCUGCAGCAAAUGUGUGGGGAUGCUGCUGGGCCUGCUGGACUCGCAGGGAAGCACCCUCAGAGAGAGAUCACCGGGCAGAGCUUCCCUGUCAAAACUUCAAACUACCCUCAAGAACUGUGCAUGGGCCAGUCCUUCAGCUUGAAGCCCCCCAUUGAGAAGCCUACACCUUCUCCACCUGUGAACGGGUUGCAGGGACCCUUGCCAUAUACCAAUGGGCACUAUUUCCAGCCCAUCUGGAAUAACAUUCUGCCCACACCCAACAGUGACAGCUCUGGGUCCCAGGACCUCGCCAUGCCUUUCCACGGGGGACAGCCAGCAGGAGCACCGCUAGAUUGUGCAGGAGGAACUCAUUACAGAGCUGGAGCUGGCCCAUCCAGCCAGAAUAAUGUGAUGCAGACCAUGGAUUACCUAAGUGGGGACUUCCAGCAGUCCUGCUUCAGAGAUCAGAGCAUGGCCGUGCUGGGAAAAGUCCAUCGGCCUUCCAUGAACCGAGCACCUGAACCAACUGAUAGUCGAAAUCUUCAUAUUCAACACCCAGGGUAUAGAUAGGCUGCAGUCACUUUCACAGACAUAAAAAACAUAGAGGUUUAGUCUUAAUUUUAAUUAAUAAGCAAGGCAUUUUUAACUUGCAAACUUGUGUGAUCAUUAUAGUAACCAUCAGAAGACGACAUACUGUAUAUUUAAAAGCUUUGCUUACGUGUUUCCUAUCUCCUUUCUGUAUCAGAUAUUUAACAUGCCUUUUGUGUCAGAGGAUUUCAUUACACUACUUCACACCACAGCCCUUUCCUCACCAUAGAACACCCCUUCUGUGCAGCUUCUUCUUAGCAGCUCCUCGCUGGACUGAUGUUGAGUUGCUGCUGGGUUUCGCCAGCUCCAUCAAGAGCAAGGUAGUGUAGCUGCUUAAAUUUCCAUCUCCAUUUCCUCUGAAGAUUAAGAGCAAGAGGAUUUGUCAGGAAGCAGGGCUUAUUUUCAGCCGAAAGCCCAUUUUAUUAAUGCAUUAAACAUUGACCAUUUGCACUGUCUAGAGGCCUGUUUAAUUGAAAAAGAAGCCUAUGUUUGAAACGAGCUAGCUACGGGGAUGUAUUUGGGCAUUAAUACAGGACGAAGCUUUUCAGCUCUGCCUUGCCCACCUUUGUCAUUUUAGACUUUGUCCAAAGUCAAAAGUCUCCGGCAGGUAUUUCUGACACUUCUUUCUUUUGCAGACAGGGUAUGGAGAAGGGGGGAAUGGUGGGUUUAGGAGGCAGCAUAGCUGCCAUAGGUAGCUGCCUUUUCUCUGCAUUGUAUUUCCCUUCCCCACUCCCUUUUUUGCCUAAGAGCUAGCUUUGUCUGAACCCCUCGCUGCUAGGAGUCUGGCUGUCCUCAUGUGAAGGAAUCCAGACCCACUGACAACUCCAAAAAGGGUUCAGCUUUUUUGUAGCUAAAAUGAAUUUCAGGGGGAGGAGACAUAAUCAAUGCUCAGGGCAGUGUGGCUCAGUCCCACUGCUGUGAAGCUCUGCUCAUGAGCCACCGUGGGACCAGUGGUCCCAUCUUCCUCUCCUUCAGAACACCACAGCAGGUUUAACAGAACAAUUCCUCUCCCUGGGGAUUAGCAAAGCUCUGUCUAACAUCCUUUUAUCCCAGGGUCUCGGUGCCUAACUCCUCUUGUUCCUUUCCCACAUCACUUCCAGCAGCUAGUCGAGUCGGUGACCGUAGGACACUAUUGAGUAACCUCAGCAUCUUGUUCCCCUCAGUGUUACCACAGCACACCUUUUCCUUUCUAACAGCUGGAUUUCUUGUAAGUAGAAAAUUCCUCAUCUCUAGUAAUGAGACUAAUACUUGAACAUAAUGAUCACAAUCAAGUUUGGAAAUUAAAAAAAAAAAGGAAAAAAGAGAAAACAUGAAUUAAAAAAAACCUAAAUGCAUUGAUUCUUUAUAUGUACACUGGCUAAAAACUAUUGCUCUACACUGUAACUUUUAAGUGUAAUAUUUCUGUAUGAAUGUCGCCCGGUAGUGUGGGUUUGAGUAGCAUUGUGUAUGGGUGAACCCACUUGGCCUCUGCCAUCCACUGGCCUCCCUCACAGCCCUUGGAAACAAACAAAGCCUUAAGUAUUUACUCCUUGAACUUUUCCUCCACGAGCAUGGUUUCAAAGUAAAAAACAACCCAAUCUUUAAAAGACAUCAUACAAAAGUUAAAACACACAAAAAAGAACAAAAAAAGAGAAGUAACCGGUUUUGAGUGCGUCCUAGUUGGCUAGAAAUCCUUCCUUUUUUGGUAAAUGGAGACAUUAGGAGACAUUUCUUUGUAUUUUUUUAAGUUAGACGUGUAGUCCUGGGCUGUAACAACUCCUUAGGUUUCAGAGCUUAGCAGAGUACGUUUCCUGACUCCUUGCGUAAGUUAGUACACUUAUGGCAUUAUUGCAAUCCCUUCAAGUGUACUCUAAACCGUUCUUUAGUGGGAACUCUUUUAGCAAAGGGAAGCAAUUUGACUAAAGACGGAUUAAAUUAUGUGUUGGCUUGUGUUGCCUUAUAUUUAAAAACAGAAAAGGAAGACUUGCCUGAUUGUGUUAUGCCAAAUGAUAGCAACAUGAAGUCCUAAUUUAUUGUUUAUAAUCGUAUUCCUGCAGUCUUUGUGAAAACUGGUAAAUAUACAUCUAUGGAAGAACUAAAACCCUGAGGCUUUUCAUGCAAUAUUUUUCUCAAUACAUGAUAGUGGAAGCCAAGGUUUGAGUCUGAAGCUGCUCCCCUUAUGGUCUUCCCUGCUGUCUCCCCCCAUCCUACCCCUCCUGAACCGAUCUAGGGCUGUGCGAUGACUUUAACCUGCUGAGUUAGUUCUGCUACCUGAAUCCUUUCCUUUUUACUAAAUAAACUACUGGCAUCUCCUCUGUUCAGUAGCCUGCUGCAAAUCUCAACCCAGACUGUUAUUAAAAGCUGAUUUUUCUGCCUCCUGCUCUUCUCCUGUGAGAGAGAGACCGAGUGGAGUCCUGUGUCGUGCUGUUUGUGGAAGUGGUUUUGAGGCCUGGGAGGUGUUUGGGAUCAUUCUGUUCUGGGAUUGUUCCGCAGGGAGAGCUGUGACCUCUGAGACUUUGCCCCGGGGCAGCAGGACCGGGAAGCAAAAAUACUCCUGAGAUUCAUCCAGGUGGGACAUUGCUUGAAAAAUGGGAAUCAUUUUACUAUUAAAAUAUACUGAAAUAUU